UUCUCGUAUCGCCCCUAUAAAAUCUCUCACUCAAGUUUAGGGCUGAUGCGCUUCGAGGAAGGCUGCGCCGGCCGUCCCUGUUUGCUCCGGUCAGGCCUCGAUUGACGGGGGCCGCAUCGUUAUCGCAGCUGAAGGCUCGUGUUUCUCGGUUAUCGCAGGUUUUGGUUCGAAGAGAAGAAGGAAAAAGAUUCGGAUUUGGUUGUUUGGUCUGCUACUUGUGCGUGGUUGUGUUGUUCGGGAUCGGGAGGGAGGUUGUUGAUCCGUCGGAAUACAUGAUAUCGGCGGCGGGUGGUUCUGGGUAGCGGAUCUGGUGGUGAAGGCUGUUCCUUUGGAGCGAUGUCGGCCCGGACGUUGAACCGGGUUAUGAGCUUUGGGAUAUCGGACUUGGCGUUGGAGUUCGUGCUGGGGUAUGUGGACGACCCUCGGGAUCGGGAGGCCGUCUCGCUGGUCUGUAAGAAGUGGUACCAGAUCGACGCCCUCUCGCGGAAGCACGUCACCAUCGCCAUAUGCUACUCCACUAGCCCUGGCCGGCUGCGGAGGAGGUUCCCCAACUUGGAGUCGCUGCAGCUCAAGGGCAAACCCAGGGCCGCCAUGUUCAAUCUCAUACCCGAGGAUUGGGGCGGCUAUGUCGGCCCCUGGAUCAGGGAGAUCGCCGAGGCUUUCAAUUGCCUGAAGUCGCUCCACCUCAGGCGUAUGAUAGUCAAGGAUGAGGACAUACGCGUCCUCGUCAAGGCCAGAGGACAUAUGCUCGAAUCGCUCAAGCUCGAUAAGUGCUCUGGAUUGUCCACGGAUGGCCUCCUUCUAGUUGCGCGUUCCUGCAGAUGUCUCAGAAUAUUGUCUCUGGAAGAAAGCUCAAUUUCUGGAAAUGAUGCCAAAUGGAUCCAUGAGCUAGCUGUCAAUAACAGUGUACUCGAGACUUUGAAUUUCUAUAUGACUGAGCUCAGAGUUGCACCUGAGGACCUCGAGUUACUUGCUAAGAAUUGCAGGUCCUUAGUUUCUUUGAAGAUCAGCGAGUGUGACAUCUCCUAUUUAGUUAGUUUUUUCCUAAUUGCAACAAAAUUGGAGGAGUUUGGCGGCGGCUCAUUUAAUGAUCAAGUCGGAGAUCUUGAUAAGUAUAAGAAGAUUCAGUUUCCUCCCAAAUUAUGCUGUGUAGGUCUCAUCUUUAUGGGGAAGAAUGAGAUGGAAAUAUUAUUUCCAUUUGCUGCGGCACUUAAGAAGCUUGAUUUACAGUAUACAUUUCUCAGCACUGAGGAUCAUUGUCAGUUAAUCCAGCGUUGCCCAAACUUAGAAGUUCUUGAGGUGAGGGAUGUGAUUGGAGAUAGAGGAUUAGAGGUUGUUGCACAGACAUGUAAGAAGCUCAGAAGGCUAAGGAUAGAACGAGGGGAUGAUGACCAAGGUCUGGAGGAUGAACAGGGAUGUGUUUCCCAAGCCGGCCUAUCGUCUCUAGCACAGGGAUGCCUUGAAUUGGAAUACCUGGCAGUAUAUGUAUCUGAUAUAACAAAUGCAGCUCUAGAGUGUCUGGGCACUUACAGCAAAAACCUCUGUGAUUUUCGUCUUGUUUUACUGGAUAGAGAACAGAGGAUAACAGAUUUGCCACUUGACAAUGGGGUUCGUGCUCUGCUGAAGGGUUGCGCCAAGAUCAGAAGAUUUGCCCUUUAUCUGAGACCUGGUGGACUCUCCGAUGUUGGUCUCGGUUACAUUGGACAGUACAGUAACAACGUACGGUGGAUACUCAUGGGUAAUAUUGGGGAAUCUGACCGAGGGUUGCUUCGGUUUUCGCAAGGAUGUCCACGCCUACAAAAGCUAGAACUGAGGAGCUGUUGCUUCACUGAGCGUGCUCUAGCCAUGGCUGCUCUGCGUCUGCCUUCUUUGAGAUAUCUGUGGGUGCAGGGUUAUGUGGCAUCCCCUUUUGGCAAUGACCUUCUGCUCAUGGCACGGGCCUUCUGGAACAUAGAAUUCAUACCUCCGAAACACGAUGUCAAUGAAACUGAAGACAGACGAGGUAACAUAGAGAGCCAGGCACAAAUUCUCGCUUAUUAUUCCCUCGCCGGAAAACGAGUUGACUGUCCUGAUUCUGUGAUUCCGUUGCACCCAGCCUGAGUAUCGCACACCAUUCCUCUCAUCUAGUUUCUUUUUCUCCUACUUAAUCGUUGAUUAUAAUUGAUGGUGGCACUAGUGAUGAACAUGUGUAUAUGUGGUCUGUAUCAUGCCGAUAAAAUUCAAGCAGCCAGUACUGUAAUAAGCUGUCUUUGUGAGCCUAUAAUUAAAAGAGUUUUAUGUGACUUUGUUGCUUUCUGAUUA